AUGUUGAAGGAUGGGGUAUCUUAUAUCAAAGGACUAAAGAAGCGACAUUUACUGGGCGCUAGCUUGUUCUUUAUCCUGUUCUUUGUGCUAUUUCAGAUGAACUACAUCAGAAACACAGAGCAUGUUAUUGUCACAGAGGACAGUCUAAACUGCCAGAAGCGAUAUCUGGUGGUCAUCGGUACAGAGGCACGAUACACCACGAGACGAAGUCUUAUCAGAUCAACCUAUUUCAACAUGGAUGACAAUUUGAUACCUGCAGCCGACUUUGAUCAGGUUGAAUACGCCUUCUUGGUCCACGGUGGAGCUCCCAAAUCCAAUACGCCAGAAAGAAGAGCAUUUGAAACUGAAAAGAUGGAGUACAACGACAUCUACACAUUGCCAACUGACCAAACAUUCACUUCAGAAACAGCAUUUCAUUGGAUCAAUGCAACUGCCUGGUCAAAACCAUUCGAUUUUGUAAUCCUUCAGGACAUACACACGUUUAUCCAUAUGGAUCGAGUCAUACAUGACUUGGAGAGCGCUGCUACAACAGUGGAUCAGAUGGGAAAUGAUGGAAAAGGAAUGGUGGUUUCAUGGAACAAAUUACAACAGCUGUUAAGCAAUCCAGUAGCGGAUGGAUCGACAGCAAGCAGCGUAGCAAUCUGGGAGAACAGCGUAGAAUCGACCAACACUGAAAACCUCAUUAUAACACAUGUAUACCAAGACCAAGACUUUUUGGAUUUGAGCUCUUUGUAUCAGCUGCAGCCUGUUUUACCCAAGAGCAAAGCAAAAUCCGUUGCCGUGGUAACGUCAUCUUACAUCUACGACUACUGUAUGGAGCCAAGUGGUACCAGAGCUUCAUUGAACAAGCGUUCUUAUGCAGAUAAACAUGGUUAUGCUUUUGUAGCCCGAUCUAGAGAAUUUGCACAACAAGCGCUGCGACCUGAUCAAAGACGCACUGUAUGGGGAAAGAUUGAUGUCAUUCAAAAAGUGCUUCCUAAAUACGAUUGGGUGUUCUGGUUGGAUAUGGAUGCAGUAGUGAUGAACAAUGAGCAGACCAUCGAGGCCUUGCUUCAAAGACUAGAGAUCAACAAUUCAACCCACUUCAUCAUUGUCAGGCCUGGUACGGAUAAAAUGAUUAAUGCGGGCGUAUUUCUGAUCAGAAACACAGCAUGGUCAUUCCAAUUCCUGCAAGAGAUCCAGAAUCAAAGCGAAUGGUACAGACAAGGACCCUCUUACGAGCAGGGAGCCAUGUGGGACGUAAUGCGCCGAGAAGGAUUUAUUCAGCAUACCAAGUUUUUAGACAGAGAAAAUCAUUUGUUCAAUACGUUUCCCAAAUUCUACCAACAGGACGACUUUAUCGUUCAUUUUGCACCGGACAAAUGUCCCAAUUCAGCAACGUUGAAAGGCUUGGCAGCAGCUGACAGGAUCAAGAAAGGACUUGCUAGCACUAACAUCUUACUCAGGUCUGAGCCCUAUGAUCCCUAUAUUCCCAACAACCAACGCGGUACUGACGGUGCCGGUGGAGCUGGUAAUCAAAAGACUGCCCGAGUGCAACAGCAAGUAGAUGAGGUUGUGGGCAUAAUGCAAGAGAACAUUGAUAAAGUGAUGCAAAGAGGCGAGAGAUUGGAUGACCUUCGCGGAAAGACGGAGGAUUUGCAGGCAACUGCGGGCCAUUUCCGUCGUGGAGCUAAUCAAGUGAGAAAGAGAAUGUGGUGGAAAGAUCUAAAGUGGAAGAUUAUUAUUGCAGUUACAAUCCUAGUCAUCCUCGGUGUUAUUAUUGGUUCUAUUGUUGGUACACAGACAAAGAACAACUCUUCAUCAAAUCAACCAGCACCUACUCAACCUGCUGCCGCUACUACACCCUCUGCUUAG